GCAGGCCCAGAAAUCUACUCUACUACCACAGAUCCUGUUUCCACCCCCACCCGCCCAGCCACAAAUUAUUCCUGUGGAGGCUUCCUGUCCCAACCUUCAGGGAGCUUUUCCAGCCCAUUCUACCCUGGGAAGUAUCCGAACAAUGCCAAGUGUGUGUGGGACAUCGAAGUUCAGAACAACUACCGUGUGACUCUGGUCUUCAGAGACGUCCAGCUUGAAGGCGGCUGUAACUACGAUUAUAUUGAAGUGUUUGACGGCCCUUACCACAGCUCCCCUCUGCUCGCCCGGGUUUGUGAUGGGGCAAGGGGCUCCUUCACCUCGUCAUCCAACUUCAUGUCCAUUCGCUUCAUCAGCGACGGCAGCGUCAAGAUGAGAGGGUUCCAGGCUGAAUACUACUCCAGCCUUUCCCCUGGGAGCACAAAGCUGCUUUGCCUGCAGAAUCACAUGCGAGCCAGUGUGAGCGUGGGCUACCUCCAGUCCCUGGGCUACUCUGCCAGGGACCUUGUCAUUCCCGGCUGGAACAGGAACUACCGGUGUCGGCCCCAGAUUACUUCGAGCCAGGUGACCUUCACAGUUCCCUACUCUGGCUGUGGCACCAUCGAGCAGGUGGAUAAUGAUACCAUCACCUACUCCAACUCCCUCAAAGCAGCUGUUUCGCGUGGCAUCAUCAAGAGGAGGAAGGACCUCAACAUUUACGUCAGCUGCAAAAUGCUCCAGAACACCUGGGUUAACACGAUGUACAUUGCUAAUGACACCCUCGAGGUCAAGAACAUACAAUACAGCAAUUUUGACAUGAACAUUUCCUUUUAUACAUCCUCUUCGUUCUUAUAUCCCGUGACCAGCAGCCCAUACUAUGUGGACCUGAACCAGGAUUUGUACCUUCAGGCUGAAAUCCUCCAUUCUAACGCCUCCCUGGCCUUAUUUGUGGACACCUGUGUGGCGUCACCAUCUCGCGAUGACUUUACAUCUUUGACUUAUGAUCUCAUCCGGAGUGGGUGUGUGAAGGAUGAAACCUACCGAUCCUACCACCAGCCCUCACCCAACGUCCUCCGCUUCAAGUUCAAUUCCUUCCACUUCCUGAGCCGCUUCCCCUCCGUGUACCUGAAGUGCAAGAUGGUCGUGUGCAGGGCAUACGAUGCCUCAUCCCGCUGCAGCAGAGGCUGCAUCGUGAGGGCCAAGAGGGGCGUGGGCUCCUACCAGGAGAAGGUGGAUGUCGCCCUGGGACCCAUCCAGCUGCAGGUCCCGCAUGCUGAGAAGAGGAGCCUGGACCGGACAGAGGUUGACCUGGAAGAGGAGGCCAGCGCCCAGGGGAGCUACCACAGCACCACCAUCCUUGCUGGGGUCUUCCUGGUUGUGCUCUUGGCUGUAGCAGCCUUCACAUUGGGGAGGAGCACCCGUGCUGCCCAUGGCCAGCGUCUGAGCUCUAGGAUGUGAAGCAGGAGAUAACGCGUGAUGCUCAGACACAGGCCCCCAUGCUCUGGAGCCCGUGAGAGGAGGGAAGAAACCAGUGUCCAGAGCUUGGCACAUAGAGCACCCAACUCUGGCCCAGGUGCACAGUGGUGGGUGGUGGAGGAGGGGGUGAGAAAGAUGGGAGCAGGUUUUCCCAGAAACACAGACUUGGUGCUGGGACAAAAUGUCAGUCAAGCAGGUGCUGGAACCUGAAAUCCCACGUGAGGCAGUGAGCCACACGCUAGAAGCAGCAGCGCUUUUUCUAGAUAGAAUUUCUUUUCUGACUUUUUAUGAACCAGCUUCUUUGGCCUGUGGUGUAUAUCUUAGUGUAUAUCUUAGCCUUUUCUUAUUAUAGGACAAGCCAAAUAAAGAACUUUUUCAAAGCAA